CUCUCAACCGCCCACCGUUUCUGUCUGUUAUUUCUCAUCCCUUCUCUUCUCACACAUCCCAAUAAUCAACUUCUUGGGAUUAUAUAUUAUUAUAUAAACACAGUCUCUCUUCUCUUGCUGCUACACAGCAUACGCAGCUGCAGCCAUGGCAUCCCUCUGCAGCACCAACUCAUCAUUUGUGGUUUCAUUCACAUGCUGUCUUGCUGUUAUCUCUAUGCUCUGCUCCUCCUCAUUCGCUCGUCAGCAGCUUCUCCGAUUUCAACACCCUCCAAAAACUGUUGAUGGAUCUCUCAGCUUCUUGGUCCUCGGCGACUGGGGUAGACGAGGUGAAUUCAACCAGUCUCUUGUCGCUUUUCAGAUGGGAAGGAUUGGAGAGAAGCUGGACAUAGAUUUUGUGGUAUCAACAGGGGAUAAUUUCUAUGAUAAUGGAUUGAAAAGUGAACACGACCAUGCAUUUGAGGAAUCUUUUACUCAAAUCUACACUGCUAAAAGCCUCCAAAAGCAGUGGUACAGCGUUCUGGGGAACCAUGAUUAUAGAGGCAAUGCAGAAGCGCAAUUGAGCCGUCACCUUAGGAACAUUGACAGCAGAUGGCUUUGUUUAAGAUCUUUCAUUGUAGAUGCUGAUUUGGGUGAAAUAUUCUUUGUGGACACAACCCCUUUUGUGAAUGCCUACUUCAGUAAUGAAGAAGGCCAUACUUAUGACUGGCGAGGCAUCCCCUCUCGCAAGGCCUACAUUGCAAACCUUAUCAAGGAUCUAGAAUUGGCAUUGAGAGAUUCAUAUGCCAAGUGGAAGAUCGUUAUUGGUCAUCAUGCAAUAAGAAGCAUUGGGCAUCAUGGUGACACCCAAGAACUUGUAGAUAAGCUUCUUCCAGUCCUCAGGGCUAACAAUGUUGAUUUUUACAUGAAUGGACAUGAUCAUUGCCUUGAACAUAUCAGUGAUACAAACAGAACUUGUGGCAGUCCAAUUCAAUUUCUGACAAGUGGGGCAGGAUCCAAAGCUUGGAGGGGAGACCUUAAAGAAUUGAACAGAGAAGGUCUUGAGUUUUUCUAUGAUGGCCAAGGUUUCAUGUCAGUGCAAUUAACUCAAACUGAAGCAGAGAUUGCAUUCUAUGAUGUUUUUGGUAAUAUUUUGCAUAAAUGGACCACAACCAAGUUGCUUUACCAAUCACUCUGAAGAUUUAGACAUCGUAAUCCCAUUUGUAAUUUUAGGGAUUAGACAUUGUAAACCUAUUUUAAUUGAGAUUAAAGCUGUUAUCAUGGCAGAUUCUUGAAGCACAAAUUGAGGUAGCUAUGGAUAGAGUAGCUCUCUUGGGUGAGAGUUAAGGAAAUACUUUCUCACAAUGUUGUAUGAAAUUGUCAAUUUAUUAACCCAAAAGUUGAAACUAUAAAAGGGAAAUAGAGUGAAAAUUUUGAAAUCAA